AUGUAUCAACUCUUCCCACACCGACCUGACAGCAACAGCAACGAGAGUAGCCAGACUCUCAUCUCACCCUUCGUUUCCUGCUCCCCGGUGCUACCCGAGCUCCAUCACCCCUCUGCCUGCCGCAAAGAGGGCAUCAUCGAUCGUCCGGAGAGAGACGCAGUGCCGAGACAUCCUCGCAAGAUUCUUUCGCGCCCCGUAUUGUGCUACUUCACUCUCGACCUCCUUGUUGCCAUUCUCGCCGUCUACUUCAUCGCUUUUGCAAUUGCAGCCUACGCGAACAAUGGUCGAACCAUCGUGCAUCGUUCUGCCUCCAUCACUUCUCUCCUUCUGCAGGGCGCGCGAAUCGUGAGUGGCCCUUUCCACUAAAUCAGCCGCGUCACGGCAUUGACCCAGAAUACCCUCAAAGGGCACCACAGUCUUCACUAUCCUCUACGCAGCCCUUGUUGGCAGAUGCUUACUUGCAGUCGCCGCCUGGCGUCUCGAGAAAGGCUGUACCUUUGGCUUGGUGGAGCAGCUGCUGAGCAGCCGGACUGUUUCGAAUGCCGUAAUCAGUCCUCUGCGGUUGAUGAUCUUUACCUGGGCCACACCCGGUCUGAUCAUCCUGUGGUCCCUGUCACCCAUCGGCAGUCAAGCAGCACAACGCGUAGUCUACCAGGCUUCAGCUAUCUCUCAGGCUCCCAGCAAAUUCUACUACAUGGAUACUCCUUUGAGCACCACGUACGGGGAAAGCACCCAGGAUAGAUAUCAGUACAAGGCAUCGAUCGCUUUCCAGUCGGCUCUCUUGAUCGCGAGCGUCAACGGUAACGACACCCAAGACAUCUUUGGCAACAUCAGGAUCCCGCUUCUGGAGUCGAUCCCAACAGCUGAAGGCUUGCGAUCUAAAGAAUGGCUUGCGCUGCCUUCCAAAGAGACUGUGCUCUUCUCAUCUCAUGUCGGCAUACCAUUCAAUGGUACGACAAACCCAAGUGCUUCCACUUUUAGCCUGCAGACUUCGUACAUGCAUGCGAAUUGCAGUGUUCGAGAAUCACCGGGAGAAGAUCUUCCUCCCGUCUUCAAAGACGAAUCAUCUAAUCAGACCUUCAGAGCCAACGGAUAUAUAGGUGUGGAAACCGACGCUUCCCACAAUGGCAACAGUAGUCGUCCGCGAAGAAUUGUUCUGUCAAUGUCAACCUGGAGCAUUGACAAUGACUACUGGUAUACCACCAACUUGAGCUGCGCUCUGACUACGACCUACAUCGAAGCACAAAUCAAUUGCAACGGCACUUCUUGCUUCGUGCCAGCAAUCCGCAGAUCGAUCGAGCCGUACGCAUCGCCAAACAUCACCGUACUCGACGGUGUCAACACAACAUCUCCCUACGCUCCUUCAUCACCUGCAACCAUCGCUGGAGAAUUUCUUGCAAACUUCAUCAAUUCCACCGGGAACGACACGGGAGAAGGCGCCGUACCUAUCGCUCAAUAUCUUAUCGAUCCGAAUGCUGCCUUCGAUCUCAGAACGCAGUAUGCCGACUACGACCUCGGAUUCCAGAAAUGGGUAACUAUCGGAAGUGUUCCACCCGAGACGCUCUCGUUCCGUAUGACACAGCUGCUGAACACAUACCGCAUGUGUGCUCUGUCUACCAGCGGUGUCAACGGCGGGUUUGGAAUGCCUGACUACGGAGCGUACCGGACGGUGUCCGCAGAAGGCACUAUUUAUACGACUCGGGACACACUCAACGUCAGCGUCCCGUGGCUUGUCAUGUUGCUGCUCUCUUCCUUCGUCAUGCUCGCUGCUGGACUCGUUACGGCAACCCUCAACUUGACCCGCCGUGGACCAGACAUUCUGGAUUCUUUCACAGGGGUAGCGCAAGCUAGUAGACUAAUUGGAAUUCCGCCCGAGUCAUCUAUCGACAGUGCAUCCAAGAGAGUCCGGGACCUUCGUCGUAGUACUGUGAUACUGGGAGAUGUAAAGUCCCAGGAAGAAGUCGGACAUGUUGCUAUCGCUGUACCUCGGGAUGAUUCGCCUGUUGGGCGUAUUCUUCAAACGAGGAAAUAUCGCUGA